GCGUGUCGAUUGUUCUCUGGGCGCGAUGGUGGCUGGUAGACCGAUCUCGGUGGUUGGUUGUUUGGCUUGUGCUAUGGAUGCGAAGGGGGAGGGUGGGAGGAGGAAGGGUCAUGGUGUUGAUAUGGGAAGCUCUGGUGUUUGUCUGUCUGUCUGUCUAUCUAUCUAUCUCUGGCAGUGUCGCCUUCCGUGGUUCUGUGGGGGUUGGUUGGGAUGGUGAGGCUCCCUGUCUGGGUCUGCAUUUAGUGGUGGGAAUCAGCCUUCGGUAUGUGUGGUGACUGUGGUGUGCUUCUUCACUUUCAGUGCGGUGAGUUUGCUGGAUUGUGGUGGCUGGCCUCUGAUGGAUGGCGGGCGAAGAAUAGACUGGAGAGGGUGUACAUGACGGCAACAGGGUGCCGGUCUCUGCGGGCUGCUUUCUUGCACUGUUGCCUUUUCGCGCUCCGGGUUGUCGUGCAUGGCUUCCCUUUGUGCUGCAGGUGGCUUGUGGUUUCUUUGUUCUUGUCUCAAGGUGUCGGGAUUACUUACGUCGAAUGGACGACCCCUUGGUUCCUGAGAUGUAUAUAUCCGUCGCUGUCGUUACCGAAGCUGGGCCGGCAUUUGGGGUCUAGAUCACGCUCCCAACACACACAGCCCACCACUCAUCACUGGAUCCGAACGCAGAGACGAAAGACAUACACCGACGAGGCCACAUACACGUGGUCGCCGUCGCAGGCUACCUACCUAGCUCAUGGCCUCUACCGUAUAUCCCAAGCCCCGCCCAUCUGGCCCAUAUCGAAAUACCGCAUUGUACAUGGCUCAACGUCGACAUGAUAGAUAGGUCGUCGCAUCUAGGCUAAGCACCGAC